AUGCUGCCAUUGUUGCAGAAUUCCAGUGCCGCUGGGAAGCUUGAAGACUUGGAUGAAUUAGGGAAGGAAGAAAAAAAAGGCGAAACUAACCACACCCUUUUUAGGGUUUUCUUUUUUCUUGUUGAUUUCUGGUUGUUCCCGAUUAAUUUCAGGUACUGGAUAUUCAAACUACCAAUGGCGACUGCGAAUUCCUAUUAUGAUGAUUUGCGAAGUAAACCUGAGGUCAUUGAUCCUCCUCAAAAUGAAGACAUGGUGGAUGUUGGUGAACACAUUUGUGACACUGCUCAAAGUGUGCUGAAACCUAAUGUAGCCGUCUCAAGUAGUGUCCGUGAGCUAUUGGAAUGCCCUGUGUGCUUGAACGCGAUGUACCCUCCUAUUCAUCAGUGUUUGAAUGGACACACAUUGUGUUCUGGCUGCAAACCUAAGGUGCAUAACCGAUGCCCAUCUUGCAGGCAUGAACUUGGAAAUAUCAGAUGCCUUGCACUGGAGAAAGUAGCUGCAUCCCUUGAGCUCCCCUGUAAAUAUCAAAGUUUCGGGUGUAUGGGCAUCUAUCCUUACUACAGCAAGCUUAAACAUGAAUCCCAGUGUGUUUUUAGACCUUACAAUUGUCCCUAUGCUGGUUCGGAGUGCUUGGUAAUUGGUGAUAUUCCUUAUCUUGUGGACCACUUGAAAGAUGAUCACAAGGUUGAUAUGCACAAUGGCAGUACUUUCAACCAUCGCUAUGUCAAAUCAAAUCCGCAUGAGGUGGAGAAUGCCACAUGGAUGCUUACGGUGUUCAGUUGCUUUGGGCAGUACUUCUGUCUGCAUUUUGAAGCAUUUCAGCUUGGGAUGGUGCCAGUGUACAUAGCAUUUUUGCGAUUCAUGGGCGAUGAUAACGAGGCAAAAAACUAUAGCUAUAGUCUUGAGGUUGGAGGGAAUGGGCGGAAGAUGAUAUGGCAAGGUGUGCCUAGAAGCAUAAGGGAUAGCCACAGAAAGGUUCGUGAUAGUUUCGAUGGCCUCAUCAUUCAACGGAACAUGGCACUUUUUUUCUCUGGGGGAGACCGAAAAGAAUUGAAGCUGAGAAUUACUGGUAGGAUUUGGAAAGAGCAAGUAGCGCCUUACGAUGUUAACGACCAAUUGGAUCUUGACGUACCAGAAGGUGCCGUGCUGGAGGAGAUCGCAGCAAAAGAACAGAAAAUGCAAACCUUUAAUUUUAGGCCAUCCACAGUUCCUGGACCUGAAAUAAUAUGA